GUACACGCUUGCAGGGCUGCAGCUUUUUAAAUACAGAAACAGACGUGCACGUAAAUAAAGACGACAAAGUGACCCUGCCUCGGUCCGUACACACUUGCAGGGCUGCAGGUUUUGCACAUAGCGUGCUAGCUAGCUAGGUAGAUUGCUAACUUAGCUAGCUGUACGACCUAGCUAGCAUCCAAUAUCUGUUUUCCCCCAAAAGUCGUCGACAUGUCGGCAUUUUCAGAGGCAGCGUUGGAGAAGAAACUAUCGGAGCUUAGCAACUCCCAACAAAGUGUUCAGACACUGUCACUUUGGCUUAUCCAUCAUAGAAAACACUCGAAGACCAUCGUCAACGUUUGGUUCAACGAAUUGAAAAAAGCCAAGGUAUCCAGGAAGCUCACCUUCCUCUACCUCGCCAACGAUGUCAUCCAGAACAGCAAGAAGAAAGGACCCGAGUUCACCCAGGACUUUGCUCCUGUCAUCGUUGAUGCCUUCAAACACGUGUCCAGGGAAGGAGAGGACGGAUGUAAGAAACAGCUGGGCCGGGUUCUGUCCAUCUGGCAGGAGAGAGCUGUGUAUGAGAACAACCUGCUGGACCAGCUCUCUCACGUCCUGCUGGGAGAGAAGAAGGCCAAGAAGAGGCCGUAUGAGGAGAUUCAACUGGACGACCAAGAUCUGGCCUCCCAGAGCUCCCCAGCAGAGCCCCCACAGACGGCGGAGUUAAUCCGGGCCCUGCAGGAGCUGGAGAAUGCAGCCUCCGGGGACUCGGCGCUGCGCCAGCGGAUCUCCUCCCUGCCUGCUGAGGUGCAGGACCCGUCACUGCUGCACAGGAUCACAGGAGUACAAGCGCAAGCUGGCACGGGUGACCCAGGUACGGAAGGAGCUGCGUACUCGUCUCAGCAACCUACCGGACCUCUCUCUGCUCCCCAGUGUGACCGGUGGACAUUUGCACCUGCCCUCAUCUGGUGUCGAACUUUAUGACCCCACAGCCUGACAGUUCACCUGUGCUUCUCACCCCUGACUGACCAUCCACCCUCUGAUUGACACAUCUCUCGCCCUAUUUAACAUGUGGACUUCACUAAGUGGACAUCAAAGUCACUUAGUAACCUUUGAUUGACGCAUCUCCCAACCUAUCAUUGACCAUGUGCAUCUUGCCAUUGCGCCACUUACUGUUUGACUUAGGCUCUCUCCUAUCUUUCCCCAUGUAGUCAUGUUUAUCAUUCCUUCCCGAUUGACACUGUUCAUGCCUCUCUUACCAAUCAUCAUGUAACCCUCCUAUUUGCCAAUAAUCCCUCUUAUUCUUUUCACAAUAGAUCAUUUGUCUGAUAUAUAUAUAUAUAAUUGAUAUAUAAAUCCUAUGCUUUCACAUCUAUUGCUAUUUAAUGAAAGGCAUGACCCAUGUUUUCCAUACAUAAUGAACUCUCUUUCUUCCCCUCUUCUGUUCUUCCUCUGAAUACAUGUACUGGUUUAGUGAUUCCCUCUUGGCUUUCACCAACAGUCUUCCCAUGAUAUUCCUCUUCUGUUUCCCCUCGACACCUAACCCCAACCUCCCCAAAAUUGUCAGGAAGAUAUUGUUGUAAUAUUAUUUUUGUAUUUACAGGUAUAGUGAAUUUAGAUAGCACCAGAAAUUGUAUAAUGCAGUAGUCCCAAUGAAUACAUCCCCUCAGUGUGGUAUCAAUAUAAUCAGCUGCAGUAUUUUAUUACAAAUGAUUAUCAUCUUUAUGUGUUAUUUUAUAACUGCUCUAAAGUAUUCCCAUUAUGCGGACACAGCUCACUGGGUUUUAGAUCUUGCUCUUGGGUGCUUCAUUAAUAGCAGGGAUUGUUACUGUUUAAGUUCUAUAUUAAUGGCCUUAAAACAAUGAAUCCUGUUCAGAGAAGUUCUCUUGCCCAGAUUUAAUUGUCUAAUUAAAUAGUUGGGAAAUGUUAGGUUACUGUUAAAAGUAACAGGUUUUCACUUGUUUUGAGAAAAGCUUUUGAAAAAACAAAAACAUCCAUUGUUAAUUGUAAACAUUGUUCUUGAAGCGGUAACCUAUUUAUUUAUUUUUACCUCAUAGACAAAGUUGCCUGUAAAUACUAGGAACCAAUUGGUUUUAUCUUGUAUUGUCAUUAUGGGCUCCCGAAGACCUGGUAGUCAUUCCAGAAAAGCCUUGAGUCUCAUUGCAGAUGGAGCUUUAUAGAUGUUUAAUGUCUCCAUAAUAGUUGAAGCCUUUCCCAUAUUGGAACAAGUGAGUGGAGACAUCAGUGUUGUGUGCUUGUUUACUGUAUAACUUACUGCCCCUUGGUUUUAACCUCUAGUGAAUGUUGUUCAGCCACCUAUGAUAGCUAUGCUCUUUAAAGAACUUGAAGGGGCCCACUGUUUGAAAAACCAUACCUUAUAACUUACUUGACUGAUUUGUAAGUGUUCAUUGAAACACAAAUUGUUGUAACGCGUUCAGUUCUCAGAACCAAAUAAACAGCAAAACAGAGGAUAAUUUA